UGUUUACAAAUGGUAAGCACAAAGUGUACUAAAUUCCGAAGAAGUUAUAUCUCUUUCUUAUGAUGUCACGUAUUAAAUAUCAUACUAAAAUAUUAAUGGUGUCAGAAAAAGGCUCGUGAAGAAUAAAUAUUAUUAAUAUAAUGUAAUUGUUUAGGACUUGAUUAGAAAAUCUAGAAUAAAUAAAAUAUAUCUUUUGAUUUUUCAAUAUUUAUAAAUACCACAAAGAGGUUAGUUUAUGACAAGUCAAUUCUACUUAUGAAAAAAUAAAAUAUUUAUCCAGCCUAAAUAAUUUUUAUUUAACAAUUAUCAAAUAAAAUUUUUUAACCAAUAAACAAAAAUGUCUGAUAAUAAUUUUACUUUACCAUCGGCUCCGAAAGAUUUGUGUUUCAAAGCUGAAGACUUUAUAGCGUCGGACUUUGAUGUUGAUAACUUCUUGCAUGAACACAGAAAAAAUGCAUCACUGGAAACGAUGCGAGACGAUCUGGGUGUUUAUUUGAAAAUUUUAAGAUCAGCGAUGAUUGAACUUAUUAAUAAAGAUUAUGCAGAUUUCGUGAAUUUAUCUAAAGAUCUCAUUGGUUUAGACAAAGUAAUUGAUCAAUUACAAACCCCAUUAGGACAAUUGAGGGAAGAAGUAAUGCAGAUUUGUCAAACUUUAAAUGCUGCAACAACAGAAAUGGCUAAUGGCUUAGAAGAACAUCGAAAAAUUCGUGAAAUGAAACAAUGCAUGCAUAGUUUAGGUCGAGUUUAUAAAUCUGUAGCAAAAUUGAGAUCAAUAUUACAGUUGCAUUCUCUUAAAUUAGACAUCUUAGAGCGUGCAGCAACUGAAUUUAACCAGCUAAGGUUUCAUAUGACAAAAUGUAAAAAACAUAUUUCACAAGAAUUGAAUAAUAAUUGUGAAGAAUUGGAAAAACAACUGAUGGAUUGUCUUGCGUCACAACUAUUAAAUAUCAAAAAGUCUGAUAUUGACAGUCUCACCUGUUGUCUUAGAAUUUAUGUAACGCUAGAUAAAAUCGAAGAAGCAGAAAAUUUAGUCAGAAAAAAAAUUGUGUCACCUUUAAUUGACGAUAUCAUCAUAGAGAAAAAUAUUAAUGAGAGUACUGGAUUACAUGAACUUUAUUUAAAACUUUUAAAUAUUUUAGAUGUUGAACUAAAGCCACUCUUAGAAGUUACUUCUCAGCCUGAUAAAGGCUCUAGAAAGAAUUUUAAUUUUUUAGUCAAUAGCUUUUGGACAGAUGUUGAAGAAAAAAUUGAACUUCGUUUAAAGAUGAUCUUUGCUCCAGGAAAUCCUGAUUUAUUUUAUCAGAGAUAUACUGAGUCCUUGAAUUUUAUUCUUAAUCUUGAAGAUAAGUGCAGUGAUGCUGAAAUCCUUUCCCAGUUGCAGAAUCAUCCACUUUUUAUACAAUUUCUCAAAAAGUGGAAUUUACCGGUUUACUUUCAAAUUCGUUUCCAAGAGAUUGCUGGAUCUGUGGAGCAUGUUCUUUAUCAUCCAGUGUCACCUGCAUCUAUAAAACAUGUUUCGACGAGUAUCGAAGCUCAGAGUCAUAAUGUAUUUUCUUUAAAUACCACAGAAAAAACGUGGGAAUGCCUUUUACGGAUUUGGUCAGAUGGAAUAUUUCUACCACAAUUGAUUCAUCAAUUUUGGAAAUUAAAUCUUCAAAUACUAUCAAGGUAUCGGACCUGGAUAGUUAAUGCAUUAAAGCAGUCGUGGUCAACUGCUCCGAAAACAACUAUUACAAGCAAUAACAUUAUCGAACCUGAAACUCCAAGUAGAACAGAAUUUCUGGUUUGUUUAUAUAUUGAUGUGGAGAAACUUUCAAUUUUAGUACCAACUAUUAUAACUCUUGCCAUCUCAAAACUUACUAAUGUAAAACCGAUCAUUCCAAACAUCUUAACAGAAUCAUUGAAUGAUGCAACAACAAAUUUAAAGUCUGCUUUACCAUUAAUUACAGAACAAAUUGUUCAAGAGCUUUUAGUAAAAAGUUCUCCAAAUCUAAAACAAGUCAGUGACAUUCCUCGACUCUUCCGACGUACGAUGAGAGACCGACCUACUCAACCAUGUGCUUAUAUGAAAAAUGCUUUAACAGUUCUCGUAGACUUCCAUACAACAUACUUGAAAAUAGUUCCCGAAGCUGUUAAUCAUUGGCUCUCAUUGACUUUAUCUUCCUUGAGUGAACAGUAUUUUUCCUCAGUCAAAAACCUUCUUGAAUCUGUCCAGAAAACAGAAGAAAGCUUGAGAAGAUUGAAAAAAAUCCGUGAUAAAUCAUCUGGAACUACUCAGACUGAUGUUCAAGGAAUAAGUGACGAUGAGAAAAUUAGAAUACAGCUGGAAAUAGAUGUGUUGGCAUUCGCAGAUGCAAUUAAAGAACUUGGUGUCGAUUCUUCAAAGAUCGAACAUUUAAAAGAAUUGAUAGAGAUGGUUGAGAUAGCUGUAAAAUUAAAGAGCGAGUCUAAACUAUAAACUUAAAUAAUAAUUGUAAAUAGAUUUGUAAAUACUGUUAAAAUUUUAUUGAUAUUCGGUUAAUUGUGGAUAUGAAUGAAUAAUAAUCAACCAUAACAAAUUUCAGAAUCGAAUUGAUAAUUAAUAAUUUUAUUAUUCGCUCCGAUACAUGCAUACGUUUGUCUGCUGUCGUGUGUACGAGUGUGGUACAUAAUAAGUGGCAUGUAAUAAUUUCACGUGGAUGUCAAACCUACGAUUAAUUAAUUUAGUUAAUUAAUUAUUCAAUGAAUAUGUUAUUAUGUAAUUAUAGAUUAUAGCCACAAAAUUUACCUUUCUAA